GCGGCCGCGGGUGGGGGGAGCUGGCCGAGAUGAGCGGCGGAGGGACGGAGGUCCCCGUGGUUUGUGAGGCCGCCCCGGGCGGCGGCGGCGGCGGUGGCGGCAAGAAGAAGGACUCGCUGGGGACCGGGGGCUCGCCAGCCCACCUCAUUAUCAAGGAUCUUGGAGAAAUUCAUUCAAGGCUGUUAGAUCACAGACCAGUUAUCCAAGGUGAAACCCGUUAUUUUGUGAAAGAAUUUGAAGAAAAACGUGGUCUUCGAGAAAUGCGAGUUCUUGAAAACUUGAAGAACAUGAUCCAUGAAACAAAUGAGCGUACUCUUCCCACGUGUAGGGAAACGAUGCAAGACAACUUAAACCAAGUUCUCCAGAGAUUGCAAGCAGCUACUGACUCGGUCUGUAGACUCCAACAGAGGGAACAGGAGCGAAAAAAGAUGCAUAAUGACCAUUUAAUAGCUAGUGAGAAACAGCAUAUAAUGCAGUGGGAGGAUUUCAUGAAAGAACAACACAGCAAACAGGCUGAAGUGGACGAAGAGCACAGAAAAGCCAUGGAGAGGCUUAAAGAACAAUACGCCGAGAUGGAGAAGGGCCUGGCAAAAUGUCCAGCCUUUGGAGAACUUGAACCAUAACAGUGACAAACUGAUGAGAAAACAUUAACUUCCCCUCAGAAACCGCUCCCACCAAACCGCUUAGGCUCUGCCUCAAGUUUAUUAGCAAUGUAUUCAGUGGCACUCUUCUGCAGAAAAAAGAAACUGCUACCGGAGUCUUAGCUGUUUCCUAGAAGAAGAAUGCCACAUCUUCCCAGUUUUAAGUCCUGUAUCUGCCUAUAUCUAUAAAUGGGGAGAAGUAGGAGGAAAAUGGUAUAAACAUGCGCUUCGUUAAUGAGGAUUGGUCUUAGUUUCCAUUGAUUAACUCGGAGAACUGUAAAUACAGACUUCUUAGAAAAGUAAUUUAAUUCAUUCUUAUGCAGGGUUAAUGUUACUUUAUUAUUGUGGCUCAGAAGGCCGAUAUGGUGGCUGCCUGUCAGAGCCUCCCUGGCUCUUGGAGGAAUGUGUACAGUGUUAUUCCAUGAGUAAUGUACUGAGAAACAACUGUCCUGGGAGCAGAGACCACAUUGAAGAGAGUCAAAACUUUGUCUCUGCUCUUCAAAGAGAGCCACGUUGGUCUCUGAAUGGCCUAUUGGGAGGAGUUGCAGAUUUUGCAUGGCAGCGUAAUGCCGUGUUUCACUGGAUGACAAGACAUGCUUGUUAAGUUUGUGGCCUUCCAGCACUUCAUAUUUUCAGCUUUUCAAAUGUGCUCACAAGGAAAAGCUUACCAAAAAUAGUUGACUUUUAACCUUUCCAAGAACCAUAAUCUUGCCCAUAGAUUUACCUCAUUUUUACAUGUGUUCUGCUGUGGGUAAGCUUUGUAAGAUAAAUAAUGUCUAUACAUGUUUCAACUGUUCAAUGAGUAAUCAGCAAAAUCUGCCAAGGCGUCCCUCUGGAACCAUAUAAAGAUUCUGGCUCUGAGUAAACCAGAAGUAUUUGCCCACAUGGCAAAUGAUCCAUGUUAAAUGUAAAUCCUUUUUAGUGUUUAAUGUCUGUUCUCAUAAGCAGGUGUAUUAAGAUGAAACAUAUACCAGUUCUGUCAUCACUGUGAUCUUUAAAAAUCUGCAUUUAACAAUCUAAUUGAGGAACUAAGUUGAUUUUUUAUUUGCCAUAAACCAAGCAGAAUUAAAUGCAAUAAUUUUAAGAGAUUUAUGGCAAAUGAAUUUGAGGUAUGGAUAAAUC